CUCCGUGGGAAAAGAAGCUCAGAGGGAUUCUGGAGGGAAGAAAAAAGAAAAAAUUCUACGCAGAGAGGCGCGCGCGCGCCUCAACCAGCUGUGCGCACAUCGCUCGCGCUCCGAUUCCUCACAGCCCCGUGAAACUCGCUCUCUCGCGCCGACAUGAAGCGGCCCUGUGAGGACACCACAUCCGACAGUGACAUGGACGAGACCAUCGACGUGGGCAGUGAGAAUAAUUACCCCGCCCAGAGCAGCAGCUCUUUUCUGAGAUGUGCUUCUCCCACCACCACCUCGCAGGUCAUGGCCCGAAAAAAACGCAGAGGGAUCAUCGAGAAGAGACGGAGAGACCGGAUCAAUAACAGUCUAUCAGAGUUGCGUCGCUUGGUGCCGACUGCUUUCGAGAAACAGGGCUCUGCUAAACUAGAGAAAGCUGAAAUACUGCAGAUGACAGUAGAUCAUCUAAAGAUGCUGCAGGCUACAGGAGGAAAAGGUUAUUUUGAUUUUCAUGCUCUGGCCAUGGACUUCAUGAGCAUCGGUUUCCGCGAGUGUCUCACCGAAGUAGCUCGCUACCUGAGCUCGGUAGAAGGACUGGACUCAAGUGACCCUCUGCGUGCUCGCCUCAUGUCACACCUCAGCAGCUGUGCCUCUCAACUCGUCGCCUCAUCUAUCACACACCAUCCUCAAGCCCUGCACCCUCUCCACCCGCUGCACCCGCUACCCGCAGCCUUUCUAUCACACGCCACACCAUCAGCCUCGUCCUCGUCUUCCUCUUCGGAGCCACAUCGCUCCUCCUUCUCUCACGCCGGCAGCAUAGCACCGCCGCUCUCCACUUCCCUGCUCUCGCUCUCUGCAACCUUCCCCCUGUCGUUUCCCACCGGAUUCCCGCUCUUCGCUCCUGGCAUGACGUCAUCGGCGACCAUCAGCUCUUCCAUUUCCAGCUCAUCCACAUCGACGACGUCACAGCAGAGCAGCUCCAGCUCCAGCUCUGCUAAACCGUAUCGGCCAUGGGGGACUGAAGUGGGAGCGUUCUAAGCGCUGAGACUACGAACCGUAAACGCUGCUCUUUCAGCCACAAAUCAAUUCUCCAAGUGCCUGGCUGUGUGUAUCAAUGAUGUUAACCUCAAGGGAGAGGAGAACAGUAUGGAUCAUGUUUUGUACGCAUCACACACGGAUGAUUGUUUAGUAUUUUCAAUGAAAUGGGCUCCUCAUUGCUGUCUCUUUUUCCUUAUCUUUACCCGUUUCCCAUGGAGAAAUACUACGAUUUUUGUUUGGCACAAACUUCACAUGUAGGCAUGACGCUGUUCUGCAGGACGGUGUGACUGAAAUACGGACAACUUAAAGACUUAGUCACGCCGAAUCAAAUCCAAGCUCAUUAGCAGCUCUCGUGGGAUUUGAACUCACAAGCUUCCGGUCACUUUUACUGCUGAGCUACAACUGACCAGCUGAAAUAUCAUGCCUGUGUAUAAAGUCCCAGGAAAGAGUGCAACAUAUUAAAAAAAGAUUUGUCUGAAGUCACCAUUGAGCGUUAUAUUAGACAUGAGGGAAAGGUAAUUAACGAGACAAAAAACACAACAGCAAAUUCAGAAAAAUUAUAAUCAACAUUAUAGCUCCUUAUUCAGCGUCACUUCCUUGCUGAUUAUAAAACAUGGCGUAUGACUAUCACAAGGACAAAAAAAAAUUGCACUUUUUUAACUAGUUAUCUAAUUAACCCAGCGAUUUAAUAAGACGUCACUUAUGUUAUUAUUUUCUUUGCUUUGGUCAAGUUUUCCAGCUCUGUGUUUUCAUAUUUAUGAUAUCAAUAUCAGGCAAAGUUGACAGCAUAGCUAUAAUAACAUCAUAUAAAUGCCCUUGAUUAAAAACAAUUCAUUUAGGCUCAUCGUUCCUCUUAAUGUCAGGAUUCUUCAGCUUCAUGUUUUCUACGUUCUCUUAGACUGACACACGCUGUAACCAAUCAGCAAUGAGUAUAUGUGACAUUCAAUAAGGACAUACACUUUCCAUUUUUUGUUUUUGAGAUGGUGUUGAUGCGUUUUCAGAUUUGCCCUUGUGUUUUUGUAGUUUUUUUGAUUAAUGUAGUUUGCAUUUAUGGAGCAUAGUUUUAAAAAAAAUUUUUUUACAAUAACAUUAACCUGCUAAAAUGUAACUGAAUUAAACAGAUUUCAAAAGUGUCCUAAUGGGCGUGGCUUAGUAUUCUAAUGCGCACGCUUGAGUGACACGCCCUGUCGCUCCGACACGCCCACCCUACUACACCACACUCAUUAGUACAAGUUGAAUCAAACCAAAGGACACGGAAAACAGAAAACAAAACAAGAAACAUCAACCUUGUGAUUGAUGACUGUAAAACGUAUGCAAAUCUGCCUUGAAAUAAGCCCCGCCCACUUUACAUCUGAAUACAUCUAGACAUACUGGACAUUAUGCUCAUAAGACCAACUAUAUCUUUUUAAGAAAAGAUUUCCUGUGACUUUAACCAUCAGAGAAUGACUCUGCUUUUCAAAUCUUUUUAUUUCCACUUAAUAAAACCCCAAUAAGCCAAAGUUAUUUUUUUCCAGAUAAUCACAGAACAACUGAGGUGUGAAUGAGGAGCGUGUGUUGUGAGGAAAUAACCACUCCGUCUGUAAAUAUGUACAUGUGUAAGAGUGUAACUAGAGUUUAUACUGGAGCUGUAUAUUGUUAUGAUGAUGCACUUCGGUCACUACUGCCUGGAGAGACGGGAUUCUCUCCACGAUAUUUGCGCUACAGCUCUCACUGUUCGCUUGUGUUGUAUGUCAGAUUUGCCAGUAAAUCACACUACUGUAUCUUUUUUUGUUGUUGGUUUUUUUAAUCCCCAUCCUGCUCUUGUAAUAUGUAACCGUUUUUCUAUGCAAAAAUGAAAAAAAGCAGAUGUCACAGAUUAAAAUUCAGUCCUUUUUA